UUCAGGUGGUUGUAUCACUGCUCACUAGCAAGCUUGCAUUGUACUUGCAGCUCGCUAGUUGGUCAGCUAUGGCGACCGCUGCAGUGAGGUGCUUGCUCACGGUGGCUGUGGUGCUGGCUCCCCUUCUCGCUGGUGCUGAUGCCGGCCGGCCGCUGUCGACGGGUUUCUACAACAAGAAGUGCCCCAACGUGCAGAGCAUCGUGAGGGCGGCGAUGGCGCAGGCUGUCACGGCGGAGCCGAGGAUGGGCGCGUCCAUCCUCCGCAUGUUCUUCCACGACUGCUUCGUCAAUGGCUGCGACGCGUCCAUCUUGCUGGACGACACCGCGAGUUUCACCGGCGAGAAGAACGCCGGGCCAAACGCCAACUCGGUGCGCGGGUACGAGGUCAUCGACGCCAUCAAGACCCAGGUCGAGGUCUCCUGCAACGCCACCGUCUCCUGCGCCGACAUCCUCGCCCUCGCCGCCCGGGACGCCGUCAACCUGCUCGGCGGGCCGACGUGGACAGUCUACCUCGGUCGCCGCGACGCGCUGACGGCGAGCCAGAGCGCGGCCAACGCCAACCUCCCGGGCCCGGGGUCCAGCCUCGCCACGCUCAUCACCAUGUUCGGCAACAAGGGCCUCUCGCCGCGCGACAUGACGGCGCUGUCCGGUGCGCACACCGUGGGACAGGCCCGGUGCUCCACCUUCCGCGACCGCAUCUACAACGACGCCAACAUCAAUACCACCUUCGCGUCGCUCCGGCAGCAGACGUGCCCGCAGGCCAGCGGCGACGCCACGCUCGCGCCCAUCGACGCGCAGACCCCGGAGGCGUUCGACAACGCCUACUACCGGAAUCUGAUGAGCAAGCAGGGCCUGUUCCACUCCGAUCAGGAGCUGUUCAACGGCGGGUCGCAGGACGCGCUGGUGAAGAAGUACAGCGGCAACGCCGCCAUGUUCGCUGCCGACUUCGCCAAGGCGAUGGUGAAGAUGGGCGCCAUCAGCCCGCUCACCGGGACGCAGGGGGAGGUCAGGUUGAACUGCAGGAACGCCAACUAAUGUCAACUGGUGGACGAUCAAUAUUAAGUGUUCCAAGGUCGGGUUCUGAGUAGUGAAAAGUCAAAAUGGCUGCUCGUAGUUUGCUUAAUCAUUUGUUUCUGAUUAUCCUACGUGGAAGGAGUAAUCCUCCUGUUCUUUAAUGUUGGCAAUUGUAAUGAUAAAGUCGUCAAGUUCCUUGUUCCGAAAUUUUUGCAUAUUAAGUAGGAAUCUUUGUUACGGGAUAAAUUUUAUGCAGCAAUUGGAAUCUGA